CGAAGUGGUUGAUAAAAAUUAACGGAGAGAAAGAAAAAUGAAAUCAAAGUUAUAUUGAGCUUUAAUUAUUUUUAGAAUACCCUUUGCAUGGUAAUUAUAAAGAAAGAAGAACUUAAAAGAAUAAUUUGAGAAAUAAAUAUUUAUUUGAAGAAAUGAAAGACACAGAAUAUUCAAAAAGAAAUAUAUUUAUUUUAAAAAUAAAGAAGUGAGAGAGAGAAUUAUUUAGAAAGAAAUUUAUAUUUAAGGCAAAAACUAAAAAGAAAAAUGAGGGGGAGAGUAAGUCAAGAGAAGGAGGCAGAAAUCGAUGGGACGAGACGACGGAUAUGUGAAAAGAAUACUGACACGUGGACAAUUGAUGUCACCAUGCUCUUCACUCAACUGCUGAUAAAAAGGAGUGACCGUUACGUUCCACCUAUCUAAUUGUUUCAGAAAUCACAAGAAAAUUAAACUCAAACUUUUGCUGAAAAGAAAGAUCUCAAUCUCUACUAACUAGAAAUGUCUUGCUGUGGAGGAAACUGUGGUUGUGGCUCCGACUGUAAAUGCGGCAAUGGUUGCGGAGGCUGCAAGAUGUAUCCUGACAUGAGCUUCUCUGAGAAAACCAAUACGGAGACGCUAGUUCUCGGUGUGGCACCGGCGAAGGCACUACACUUCGAGGGAGAUGAGAUGAGCAGCGGAUCUGAGAACGGAGGUUGCAAUUGCAAAUGCGGUGAGAACUGCACCUGCAACCCUUGCAAUUGUAAAUAAGGAGGUCGGAGGAAAAUACGAUAUCAUUUUUGAAAAGAAAAGCGGACAUAAAGAAAUAAUAUAAUCUAUGCAGCUAAGCUAAGGGUACGUUUGGCUUCCUGUCUUUUUAAGCUUCAAUAAAAUAGCCGUGGUUGAAGCUUAUGCAGAUUUGUCUUAGGAGUUUGCAAAAGCCAUGGCUGUUUCUUGCUGGAGUUUGCAUGCAGUUGUGUAUUUUACGUGGUUUUUCGUUAUGCAGGGCAAAAUGAGCUAUGUGGCUAUCACUAAAAAAAUAAAUAAUUCAUUUUGAUAUUAUGUUUGCAAAUGAAAUAUUGUCAAAACUAAUGAAUUUUACAAUUUUUGGGAUGAUAA